CUACACAUAGAUAAACAUUGUUUAAAAUAUAUACUACUUCUAAUGGAAUAGUAAAACAUUGAUCGAAAUAUAUAAUACUUCUUACGGUAUAUAAACAUUGAUUGAAAUAUAUAAUACUUCUUACGGUAUAUAUAAACGUUGAUUUAAACAUUCUUAAAAAUAAUACUUGAAAUCCGAAAAUACGACUUACUUUUCUCUCAAAAUAUGAUACUUCAGUCGGAGGAAAAUAUAAUACUUAGCCUGCACUAUCGAUCUUGACCAGCGGAUAUUCCACAUUGGAAAAGAGAUACUGGCACUAAGGAUUUUCCCGCCUUUUCUYGCUAUCUUUCUUUGCCAUCGCAAAAACAGGGCGGAACCCCAUUGUAAACAAACUUAUGGAAGUAGUAAAUUCCCUUAUUGAAAAAAACAGUAAUACAAGUAAUUCUGAUGUUCCAAAAAGAAUUUCUCCAGAGUCAGAUAGAGAAAGUACAGAGUCUGCUUUGCGUCGGCUGUAUCCUAGUGUCAGGGGACAGACCUCCGAGACGAUCAUUGAACGGCUGAUAACUUCCACUAGUACAGGGAGAUCUUUUAAUCCUAGAGCAAAAUAUGAUGUGAAAAAAAGGGAAGAAGAAAGCAGUGAAAUAUUCAGGAACCAAUAUUCAAGAAAGAAAGACAGUACUAAAAGACAUCAUUCUGCUUCCAAGUCCUAAAGUACAGGAAGUACCUCGAGGCCUAUUUAGAGAAUCGUUGUAUUCYAAAGACUWUGCAAAAAGUGCGAUACAAAUAGCAGAUGAUAUGUCUGAAGAAGAGGUUAAAAACACAAUUGAUGAACUAUUCGAGUCUGCCCUUCUCAGCAUCCAAGAACCAAGAUACGAGUUUGUCAGGGCCAUUGGGAACAAAAUAAUAUCAGUGCCCAAUGGUCCAUUCACUGGUAAGCUUGUGAAAUAUUUAUCCAAGCAAGGGCCAGUUUACAUAAGAGCUAAGAAAGAUAUUUUGCAUGACGGAGGCUUUAAAAGAUGGUACAAGGCUGGGGAAAUAGAAAUUGACGACGACACAGGUAGCAGUGAUGAUGGGAGUCAUGAUGAUGGUGAUGAACCAAAGAGCAAAAAACCAAAGUCACAAGUGCAACCAUCAACAGGCAAGCAAAACAUGUCUCAGGACUCGAGAACAUCGGCCAGUACUUCAAUCAGCACUAAUGAUAGUGAGUCUUCAACUUCUUGUUCGUAUACCAACUAUUGCAACAUCAUUGUUGGGGAUGCAAUUUUGGAUUCUGAUGAUGAGAAUCUACAGCUGAUGGCAAUCGAUGAAAACCUUAGUGACAGUAAUAAAGAGAUGAAUGGUAGCAAAGACCAAUUUUGGAUUACAGAUCAACAGCAGGAUGCUAGUACUAGAACAAAAAAAUUUUUGAGUAAACUUCAAGACAAUGGCAAAUUGGAAGCCAGAUUGAUGAAAGCUUUGGUGGAGGUGGGAGAAGAGGGCUGCCACAAUUUAUAAAGGAUCAUG